UGGAGUCACUCGAUGAGGCCCAGCCUGCUCGAUUGCCAAGAUGAUCCUGAUGUUCUUGCUCAGUCUUGACCAUGUAGGCUGGGGGCUGCUGGGAGCCUGGGCCCAGACUCUAGAUACCAGCCUCUCUGAGCCACUCAGAGAGGUCUGGAGCACAGAGGCUGAGGACAACAGCAGGGACUCCUUCAGACGUAACUGGUGUCCCUACCAGAAGUCCAGGCUGGUGACCUUUGUAGCUGCUUGCAAAACGGAGAAAUUCUUCGUCCACUCACAGCAGCCAUGUCCACAAGGGGAGCUGGACUGCCAGAAAGUCAAAGUCAUGUACCGUGUGGCACACAAACCAGUGUACAAGGUCCAGCAGAAGGUAAUGACCUCCUUGGCAUGGCGGUGCUGCCCAGGAUUUACCGGUCCCGAUUGCCAGCUCCACGAUCCUGCUGCAAUCUCUGAGCCUGUGAGUGCCGACGAUGAUGAUAUCGUGGAGCCUUGGGACAAACCUGUCAGCAUGAAAUUCGUGCGCCAAGCUCCAGAGCUGAGCCUUGACCUGGAAGAUAUUCAGAAUGACCAUGACCAAGAGGAAGAAAGUUCUCCUACCUCCUGGGGGGCCCUAGAAGGCAACUUCACGGCCUUGGAGACAGAGAGCAAUCAGACUGAGGCCAGCCAGAUGGAGUUUGGGGUUCCUGAGAGACCCCCGGAGCAGGCGCUGAUGCAGCACAUGGAUUCCUUUCUCCAAGAGCACUUGAGCCCCCUGUGGAGGAACUUCAACCAAAGCUUGCACAGCCUUUCGCAGGCCAUCAGGAACCUGUCUCUUGAGGUGGAGGCCAACCAGCAGGCCAUCAGGCAGCUUCAGGAGAGCGCUGUGGCUAAGGCUGACGUGCAAGAGCUUGGGGUCAAGUUUGAGACCAAGCUUCAGGAGACUGCCCAGAAAAUGAACCAGCUGCAGGAGGACGUGGAGGACCGCUUGCACGCCCAGUACCUUUCCGUGCAGAUGUCCCUCUCGGAGACUCAGACCGAAGUGGAUGUCAAGUUAAAGAAGGCCCUUAAGGCCCAGGAACAGCCCAAUGGCAGUCUGUUACUGGCGGCAGCAGCAGCAGGAGCUAGGCCCGAACCCGAGAGCCUGCAAGCCAGGAUGGGCCAGCUCCAAAGGAACCUGUCUGCGCUGCUGGUGGACACCACACAAAGGGAGCAGGAGCUGCAGGUCACUCUGGCUGACAUGAAAGCCAGCCUGGCCCAGCACGGGGACGAGAUCAAGGAGCUUUAUUCAGAGUCGGAUGAGACCUUCGAUCAGCUCAGCAAGGUGGAGCAACUGGUGAACGAGCUGCAAGUGAACCACACGGCCCUGCGCGAGCUGCGCAUCAUCCUGAUGGAGAAAUCCCUCAUCAUGGAGGAGAACAAGGAGGAGCUGGAGCGGCAGAUCUUGGAGCUCAACCUCACCCUGCAACAAGUGCAAGGCGGCCAUUCGGACCUCAUCAAAUACGUGAAGGACUGCAAUUGCCAGAAGCUCUCCUUCGACAUGGACGUCCUCCGAGAGGACCAGAAGGACACCACGAGGCUCUUGGAGGACACCCAGGUCAGCCUGGGUGAGCGGCGGCAUGAGCAGGAGGGUUCGUCCUUGCAGGCUCUGAGCAGCACCGUGGACACCCUGUCCCGGGCCAUCGCCUUGCAGCAGGAGGACAGCGAGCGAGCUCAGGAGGACGCAGCCCGGCUCCGGACCGGGCUGCAGGCCCUGGGCCGCGAGGUGAAGGCGCUGCAGACAGCCGAGGAGCAAAUCCGCAAGCAGAUCAGCGUGCUGCAUAGCUCCUUCACAGCCCUGCUGGCGGAUGCUCUGCGCCAUGAGGCCGUGCUGGCUGCGCUUUUCGGGGAAGAGGUGAUGGAGGAGAUGUCGGAGGAGGUGCCCGGCCCGUUGCCCCUGCGCUACGAUCAGAUCCGUGUGGCUCUGCAAGAAGCAGCCACUGGGCUGCAAGAGCAGGCCAUUGGCUGGGACGCACUGGCCGCCCGGGUGGCAGCCCUGGAGCAGGCUGCAAGAGACAGGCCCGGCAGCAAGCAGUCCCUGCUAUCCGCAGAACUCCAGGAGCCCAGCCAUGAUGCGUCGCCAGGUGAGGAGGCCAGCGGGCCCUUGCUGGCAGAGCUGAGCCAGGAGAUGCAGCGCUUGAGCACCGACAUCAAGCGCGUGAGCCUCUGCUGCGAGGCCUCCGGUGUCGCUUCCAUCAACAGUUCCUUCCAGGGACUCCGCCAAGCGCUCUCCACCACGCAGCACGGCCUAGAGCAAUACCAGCUGCUGUUCCACAGCCUCUUCGGUAACUUCCAAGGGCUUCUGGAGGCCAAUGUCAGCCUGGAUUUGGAGAAGCUGCAGAGCAUGUUGAAUAAAAAAGGAAAGAGGCAAAAGAAAGGCUUGGAAGCUCCCAGGAGGAGGGACAAGAGACAAGUGGAGCCUUUGGUGGGUGUGCCUGGAACAGAGCUCUGGGAGGCAGGUUCCUCUGUGGCCUUCUAUGCCAGUUUUUCAAAAGGGACAACUGCUCUGCAGCCGGUGAAGUUCAACACUAUGUAUAUCAACAGAGGCAGCAGCUACUUUCCUGAAAACGGUUAUUUCAGAGCUCCUGAGCAUGGGGUUUACCUGUUUGCAGUGAGCGUUGAAUUUGGCCCAGGGCCAGGUACUGGACAGCUUGUACUUGGGGGUCACCAUCACACCCCUCUUUAUAGCACAGGGGAGAGUACGGUGAUGACCUUUGCUAUGGCUGAGCUACAGAAGGGUGAGAGAGUGUGGUUCGAGCUCACCGAGGGAUCAAUACUGAAGAAAAGCCCUUCUUGCACUGCCUUUGGGGGAUUUCUGAUGUUCAAGACUUGAGCACUGGGAGAGCUCUGAUGGGCCAUUGAGGACUUGUCUAAGUUGCGUGAACUGGUGCUCAAAGUGGGCUUAAUCUGAUGAACAUCUAACUGGUCAAGCUCCUCCCUGGCCUCCUGCACAGACACCAGUGUGGGACUUUUCUCUAGAUCACUGGAUUGGACAGUUCUAGAUACAAAAAGUUCUGAAGCACUUCUUCUGGGAACUU